AUGUAUUUUUCUCUCCAACUCACACAAAGUCAAAAAGACUAUAGCUAUCAUUUUGAUCAUCACCAAAAACUUUUGUUCAAUCAUUUUCGUUACACAAUGACAGAGAGCAUUCUCCGCCACACCAGCGUGUUCUUAUCUGAAAUCCUUGCGCAUUCUGAGGUCCGUCACCGUCUAUUCUCACUCUUUCAUCAAUCUGCUGAUCAAUGUGUUGUAAUUGAAACUAUAGAAAAUGCAGCUUCUACUUCCAAUUACUCCUCUCUCAAACUAGCUGCUGAAAAUAUCCUUGUUUCAUUAGAAUACUCUGAAAACACAUUUUCUUCCUUUUUGUUAUCUCUCGUUUAUACUCUUCUGCAUAAGCCCGUAGAUGCUGCUCUUAGUCUUCUUCAUGUGUUUUACACUGAUCCUUUCAUUGCAAGAGUGGAAAUUGCACCUCUUGUUUUUGAACAAUUGUUUCUCAUUCAUUUUGUUCCUAUUCUUCACUGGUACAAUCACCAAAGGUCAACAAUUAUGCCAUUGCUUUCGGAACCUACCAAAUCUUUGUCAACUAUGAGCAGAGAGCAAGCCUCUCAGUUGAAAGUUUGGAGAACGAGUACGAGGAAAUUCUUGAUGAGAACUGUAAGGUUUUUGCUACAUAUUUCAACGACGUUUUGCUAGCCAAAAGUCAAGACAAGUUUAUUGAU